AGAAAAAACAAAAUGUAAACAAAAAACUUCUGAUAUAAGUGAGAAGACAGGAGUGCAUCUUGUUACUUGCCAAGAUGAAGUUACUUGUUUGUUUGUGUUUAACUUUCUUACUGCAGCUUGGGUAUGCAGAUGAUGAGGAGGUAAGUAACAUUGCUUUCCCCGAUGGAUUUUUGUGGGGAUAUGCAUCUGCUGCAUACCAAGUUGAAGGUGGUUGGGAUGCCGAUGGAAAAUCUCCAAGUAUAUGGGAUAACGACGCACAUAACAAUCCCAGUUGGUUUCCCGAAGGACAGAAUGGGGAUGUAGCUUGCGAUGCUUACCAUAAAACAGAUGAAGAUGUUGCUCUCCUGGUCUAUCAAGGCGUCAAAGCCUACAGAUUUUCUAUCUCCUGGCCUAGAGUACUACCAACAGGUUUCACAGACAAUAUUAACGAAAUAGGAAUCGCUUACUAUAAGGAUCUUAUCACAAAAUUAAAGGCCAACAAUAUUGAACCUCUUGUCACUAUGUAUCACUGGGAUCAUCCUAGUUCACUAGAAGACCAAGGAGGAUUUCUGAACGAAAGUCUAAUCAUUCCCGCAUUUGUUGACUAUGCCACCCUAUUGUUUGAAAGGUUCGGUGAUGAUGUAAAAUGGUGGACCACCUUCAAUGAGCCCAAACAAACUUGUGCCGGAGGUUACGAUUGGGGCGGUAUUUCCCCCCAAAAAAGAUUAUCGGGAGUUGGAGGUUACAUCUGUGCCCAUAACUUGCUAAGAGCUCACGCCAAAGCCUAUAGAGUAUACGAUGAAAAAUUCAGAGCUACUCAAAAUGGAAAGGUAUCAAUGGUAAUUGACGAACCUUGGCAUGAACCAUCUUCAAAUUCUACCCAAGAUCAAGAAGCUGCAGAGCGUCAGAAUUUGUUCAAUUAUGGAUGGUUUGCCGAUCCAAUUGUUUUUGGUGACUAUCCGGACGUGAUGAAACAACGUAUUGCCGAAAGAAGCCAAUUACAAAAUCUAUCACAAUCACGACUCCCUAGUUUUACUGAUGAGGAAAAAGCUGAAUUGAAAGGAAGUUAUGAUUUCUUAACAAUCAACAUGUACACAACAGAUUUGGUACUAUGGCGUGAAGACGAUCCUAUUGGAGAACCCUCUAUAUACGAUGACGUUGGUGUCACCACGUACCAACCAGAUGACUGGGAGAAAACAGUUACAAUCUGGUUCAAGGUAGUUCCUUGGGGUGCUCGCUCUUUGGUACGCUGGAUCAACAACAGAUAUGGUGACGAAAAAGGAAUAAUAGUAACUGAGAACGGUUAUCAUGACAACGGCAAUAACCUCACCGAUUUGGGAACCAGAGGCCGUUACCACAAGUUAUACUUGAGCAACCUAAACGACGCUAUAUAUAAAGACGGAGUUAAUUUAAUCGGUUAUAUGGCCUGGAGUCUGAUGAAUGACGUAGAGUGGUAUGCUGGUUGGUUGGUUAAUCUGGGACAUUACCAUGUUGAUUUUGACAGCGAUGAAAGAACAAGAACUCCCAAGGAAUCGGGAGUGUAUUACAGAAAAGUCGUAACAACCAGUUGUCUUGUAGAUAAUUGUACGGCAUCACCUAUUAAAUUAAACCUAAAUUAAAUAUGUAUUUUUAUAAAUAAAAUUAUUUAAAUCUA